UUUUCAAAAUCAAAAUAUCCAUAAACUUGUGCAUAUAGACAGCACUUGUUUCUGUUUUCAACAGUAAACUAUAAAGGGCGCAACCACCCUCUUAACUAACACACACGCAAACGAUGUCGAAACAGCAACGGUUCCUUUGGACCGCCGCCGAAAGAAAAUGCCUUUACAUUCUCCAACGGAACACUACCACCUUCUCCACACUCCUCCAAAUCCACGCUUUCAUUCUCCGACAUUCCCUCCACCACAACCUCAACCCCCUCGCCAAGUUCAUCACCACCUGCUCCUCCCUCGCCGCUGCCACCGCCUCCCUUUCCCGCCGCCAUGCCAUAGUCCACCUCGCUCGCCGUUUCUUCGACCACACACCCCACAACCGCGACGAGUUCCUAUUCAACACAAUGAUCAGUACCCACUUUGCAAUUCGCCAACUUCUUGAGCCUUUCGCUCUCUAUAGGGACUUUGCUAGAACCAGAGGUCUUGGAUUUGAACCCGGUGGAUAUACUUUCACCGCAAUGGUGAAGGGUUGCACCGCGUGUUCGGCGAAGAAGGAGGGGGUACAGGUUCAUGCGGUUGUUGCGAAGAAUGGGUUUUGCUUGGACUUGUAUGUGGCUACUGCGUUGGUUGAUAUGUAUGUGAAAUUUGGGGUUUUAGGAAGUGCUAGGAAGGUGUUUGAUGAAAUGUCUGAGAGGAGUGUGGUUUCGUGGACUGCAGUUAUUGCUGGAUAUGUGAGGUGUGGGGAUAUGAGUGAGGCUAGGAAGCUUUUUUAUGAGAUGCCUGAGAAAGAUUCUGCAGCUGUUAAUGUGAUGAUUGAUGGGUAUGUGAAGUUGGGCUGUAUGGAUUUGGCUAAGGAUUUGUUUGAAAAGAUGGGUGAUAAGAAUGUGAUUUCUUGGACUAGUAUGAUUUCUGGUUAUUGCCAUAAUGGUGAUGUUGAGUCAGCUAGAUUGAUGUUUGAUCUCAUGCCGGAUAAGAAUUUGUUCACUUGGAACGCGAUGAUUGGGGGGUAUUGCUGGAACAAGCGUCCCCAUGAGGCAUUGAGGUUGUUUCAUGAGAUGCAGUCGAGUGCAGUGGUGGAACCGAAUGAAGUGACACUGGUAAGCAUUCUUCCUGCUAUUGCUGAUUUGGGUGCUUUGGAUUUGGGUGGCUGGGUUCAUAAGUUUGCCCAAAGGAGGAAUCUUGAUAGAUAUGCUAAUGUCCGCACUGCCCUCAUCGAUAUGUAUGCAAAAUGCGGUGAGAUCACAAAGGCAAAAUUGCUUUUCAUGGGGAUGCCUGAGAAGGAAACAUCUUCCUGGAAUGCUUUGAUUAAUGGUUUUGCAGUUAAUGGAUGUGCAAAGGAAGCAUUGGAGGCAUUUGAAAUGAUGAUGCACGAAGGUUUUGAACCAAACAAGAUAACUAUGAUCGGCGUGUUAUCUGCUUGCAGCCAUUGUGGUUUGGUGGAGGAUGGAAGAAAAUGGUUCAAAGCAAUGGAGAAAUUCGGACUAACACCUCAGAUUGAGCAUUACGGUUGUAUGGUUGAUCUUCUAGGGAGGUCCGGAUGCUUGGACGAGGCUGAGAAAUUGAUUCGUACCAUGCCUUACGAUGCAAAUGAGAUAAUAUUGAGUUCUUUUCUGUUUGCUUGUGGUUACUUUAACGAUGUUACAAGGGCUGAGAGAGUGCUACAGGAGGCGGUGAAGUCGGGGAAGUGGUGUGUUGGAGACUAUGUGAUGAUGAGAAAUUUGUAUGCAACAGAGCAAAGAUGGAGAGAUGUGGAGGAUGUUAAACAAAGGAUGAAGAAGGGAGGAUCAUACAAAGAGGUUGCCUGCAGUGUCAUUGAAGUUGAUGGUGGCUUUAGAGAGUUUAUAGCUGGUAAUAAUUAUUUGCAUUCACAUGUAGAAGAUAUUCAGUUAACCUUGGUGCAAUUAUGGACACACAUGAAAACUGAAAUGACCUAUUGAAAUUUGAGAUAUGCUUUAGAGAACUAAAAGGAGGGGAGGUGAAAAUGGAAGUAAAGAAUUGAAAAUGUUACAGGACAAAUAGUCCAUUAAGUUGAGAACUGUAGCUCCUAAUUUAACCAGGUUAAAGAUUUGAAGAAAGCACAAGCACACAUGAAAUUUAAUUGGAAUAUUAUUUCUAAAGCUUGAGCUAUUAACAACUAUGUUAUGUCCUGCCAA